AUGGCUCCCACUGCAGGUCGUCCCAAAGCUGUUGCUCCCAAGGUCAAAGCUGCCGGAGGCGUCAAGAAAGGCCCCACAGGCCGGAAGAGCAAGAAGGCGUCGGGCGCUAUGGCUGCUAUGCAGAAGUACUUCAAAGAGCACCGCGAGGAGUUUCCGGGAAUGACGUUCAAGGAACAGCAGAAGGAGCUGGGCAAGAUGGUGCGUUACGUCAUCGAAUUUCUCUAA